GAACGAAGAGAGAGAGGGCGUCCUCGACGGAAGCUUCCCCCGGGAAGAUGACGGAAUAAAUAAUCAAACGGAUCGGUCCAGCGCAGGUGGUAUGUGUUGGCAGUUGAUCCCAAACCAGCGGAGCCCAAAGAGAACCCAAUGCGGGAAGCCGCCCGGAUGCGUAUGCAGGCACGCGAGUCGGCGGAUACAGUAAAAGACGGCCGGGAACAAAGGAAGGAAAAGGAAAUGGAUCGGAUAGCCAGAGAGGAAAGAGACGAGAAGAGUAGCAGAAGAAAAGAAGAGGGAGAACCAGGAAUAGUGAAAGUCAGCCAGAGGGGCGAAGGAUGACCUCAAGAGUACGGAAGACUGCGUCGGUGGGAGAGGAAGAG